AUGAGGCUUAGUGCCUACGCGCAUGACCUCCGGGGUCCGGAGAAACGUCGUUACGAGGAGAAAGUUCAUCUUUGCAGUGGCGUCGACCCAUAUGACUACGACGGCGACGAAGCUGUGUGCGACGUGAACCUUCUUCCGCGUGUGGAGUUCACGGACAUAAAAGACUACCUCGUUCACGGCACAAGUUUCGUGACCAGGGAGGACCUAAAGGCCUACAAGUCGAUGGAGGCCCACAACUAUGUAACAAGUGGAUGGGUGCAACAGCCACGGGUGAGGGACCUCGGAGACGGCCGCUGCGUCGUCGUCGGAAAUGCAUUUUGUGACAAGCCAUUCGAGCCUUGGCUCUUAGCAAAAGAAGACGGCGAGAUCGUGAAUGCUCACUGCACUUGCAAGGCGGGCCUCGGGGAGGCUUGUUCACACAUUGCAGCCCUGUUGUUUUACAUAGAGGUUGUGGUGAGAAUGAGAGAUGGCAAAGCAUGCACCGAUGAAGAGAAUGCCUGGCUGCCACCCUAUGUGCGGCACCUUGAAGGCAAGCGGUGCUCUGAUGUGGAUUUUGCUUCAGCACGAGCCAAGAAAGUACGCAUGGAUGCAGGAGAAGCAAGCCGUGUUUACAGACGGCAGGGCAAGACCGUUAAAAGUACCACAGACGAAGAGUGGUCAUCGUUUUUGUCGGCCUGUCAUGGGAGCAGGAACCGGCCAGUUCUCUUAUCUGUACACGAACCAUAUGCACAAGAUUUUGUUCCAGUUGCCGUGAAAUUCCUGCAGGCCAUCCUGACAAACUUGCACAAAGACGAAGCUCCAGGAACCGAUGCCGCUCUGAGAGAGCACUGCACAGAAGUAAUGAGGACCCUUACCAUUGAGCCACAGGUUGCUACCUUGGUUGAAGCAGAGACGAAAGAGCAAGCGAAGUCCACCAAGUGGUUCGCAUUUCGAGCAGGCCGCAUCACAGCAUCAAAUGCCAAAGUAGUAUGUAGGACUUCCAUAACCAGCCCCUCUCUCUCGCUGCGGAAGAAGAUUUGCUACCCUCAAGACACAAGGUUCUGGUCCCCGCAGACAGCAUGGGGUAGGGACCGUGAAGAAGUAGCACGAAGAGCAUACACAAGUGCCUCGGCCAGUAUUCACGUGAACUUCAAGUGCGUUGUUUCAGGUCUGCAGAUAUCCCAAGAGCAGCCAUUCUUGGCUGCUACGCCUGAUGGCCUCAUCAGUUGCACCUGCUGUGGUGAUGGGGUGCUUGAGAUCAAGUGCCCAUACAAUGGCCGCGAUAAAACCGUGGGGGAGCUGGCAAUGACUCAAUCAGCUUGCAUAGUUUUGCAGGGAGGAAAGCUGAGGCUUCGGACAGAUCAUGCCUACUAUUACCAGUCAUUGGACCAACAGAGGCAGCUGUGA